GUGGUCGCAGGGAGUGUAAAUAUCAGUUUGUUAGAGUUGCGCGAGCUCACUCGAUGUCGGAGGUCGAUCGCACGUCAGUGCUCUUCUUUACUUGUUUAAUCAUCCCCGGCAGUUCGUUUUAUUGAUGUGGGAUCUUCCGAGCGCAGGACUGUAGUUUCACUCGGAUCUCCGCGUUCGUUGUGAUUUGUGUGUGUGUGCGCGAGCGCGCGUGUGUUUAUCUACGUGUGCCGUGAUGACGUUGAGCUGUGAUGAUGGACGAGCUCGUCACCCGUUCAUUAAUUUCGUGGAUAUAUCAACGGCUCUGAGGAUUCGGGGAAUUCUGCUGGGCUGGAUUCUGUUUCCCAUCCGCGCCAUGCUCACUACCCUCUUCCUCCUGCUGAUGUGGCCCGUAGCACGACUGCGAUUGGCCGGUCUCUCGGAGGCGGAGCGUGAGGUGCCGGUGCAGGGCUGGCGUCAGUGGUUCUUUCUUCCCAUCAUGGUGUUCCUCAGCCGGGCCGCCUACUUCUGCAUGGGAUUCCUGUGGAUUAAAGUGAAGGGACGUCAGGCGGAUCUGAAGGAAGCUCCGGUGUUGGUCGUGGCUCCUCACAGCACUUUUCUGGACAUGUUGGUGCUGCCCGUCACCGGCCUGCCCACCGUAGUGUCCCGCUCGGAGAACAUCAGAUUACCUGUGAUAGGAGCAUUGUUGGAGUUUAAUCAGGCAGUCAUGGUGAACAGAAAAGAUCCUGAAUCCAGAAAGAAAUGUGUUUCACAGAUCCGUGAGAGAGUCACGUCUGAUGGCCGCUGGCCCCAGAUGUUGAUGUUUCCAGAGGGAACGACGACUAACGGUCGAGUGCUGAUCAAAUUCAAGCCCGGUGCGUUUCUGGCUGGUGUUCCCGUUCAGCCCGUGUUACUGCACUAUCCCAAUAACACUGACACAGUUCGUUGGACGUGGAAGGGAACGACUUGGCUUGCAGCUCUGUGGCACACUUUGUCUCAGCUCUACACCAGCGUCACUGUGGAAUUUCUGCCCGUCUACACACCAUCUGAAGAAGAGAAAGACAACCCUGAUGUGUAUGCCGAGAAUGUGCAGAAGCUCAUGGCAAACGCUCUGGGUGUUCCAGCCACAGAUUACGUGAUGGAUGGACGUUUUCCUGUCAGAAAGCUUGGAGGUCUCUCGCUGCCUCUGGAAUCUCCGGCUCUGGAGACCCUCCGACUGCUCCGCCGGCACGGUUUCACUGACGCUCACGUGGAGGCGCUGAUGAACACUAUGAUUGACAGCUGUCGCUCAGGACACAGUACCGUGGUAACGGCAGAUCACCUGACCUCUCUUCUGGGACUGACGGACAGGAACACGGCACUGAAGAUCUUCUCGCUUUACUCAAAGGACGACACAGUGGAUCUGAAACACAUCUGUGUGAGUGUUUCAGCUGUUUCUGGUUUCACAAGUCUGGAGUCUCUCUUACACACAGCAUUCACAUGGUAUGACAGUGAUGAGGACGGCUUGUUGAGCGCUGAUGACCUGUCUGCUCUGAUGGGCGUGCUGGUGGGCGUGCCUCAGUAUGACAUCACAGAGAUGUACAGCGCACUGACCAGCAGGGGGCGACCAACAGAGGCUUCUCUUCAAAACAUAUUGAUGACGCAUCCGGUUUAUCGUAAACUACUGACAGACUGUCUGCGCUUCAACGGACUCACCACAGCUGACGGAAACCACAACGGUAUUGUGAACGGAAUGAACAAGGGCCAUAAGACUAACAAUCAUUUCCUGAAGUGAUGUCAUGAAGUCUUUUGUGAAUGUUUGAACACGUGUGAGUUGUAAGUAUUGGUUCGGUCGUGUAUUUUCACAUGACGAGGGAACGCGCAUUCAUGCAGGAGAUACGAGUCUGUGUCAUUUGUUAUUUGACUGACAUUCCUGUUGAAAAUAUUGUAAACGUAUCACUACUGUAACUGUUAUGUGCCUUGAAGCAUAAAUCUGUAUUUUUUUAAAUGGCGUUUGAAGGAUUUGUAUGUUUAUUUAAUAGUUUUAUUGUUCACUAGAAAACCAAGAGACUUUGUUCCGCCGUAGAAAUCAAGCCACAUAUAGCAUUUUAUACUUUAAUAUAUUAAAAUUUCUAAAUAAUAA